UGUCAUGUCUAGAAUUAACAUUGACUACCGUUUUUAGAGGAGGGCAUUUCAUUUUAUACAAUCAUAAUGUAUGGAUUUGUGAAAAGAGAUGUCAAGAGCAGUGUGUACAAAGCAGUUUCAGAUUUUCUUGUGAAAAAUUCAGCAGAUGAUUGGAGAAAGUUGCCAGCCAACUCAGCGUCAUUCCAACUCAUGUUUGGAGAAAGGAAUAAAUUGCCAUUCGGAAGACUAGGACAUGACCCCGGAUUGGUACAACUGGUUAACUACUACAGAGGGUCAGACAUUCUCUGUAGGAAGACAGCUAUGGUCAGAUUAUUCAAGGAUUUCUACAAAUCCACUGCAAAGCCAGCUCCUAAAUGGUUACCAGAGUCCUUUAUACUUUGUCCAAAAGAUAUUACAAAAAACUUGCAGAAAGCAGGUGAACAUGGAGCUGUAUUACUACGCAAGUCACCCAAACCUGAUGAGAGGGAAGACUUUAUAAAAGCAGCUGAAAAACUGGCAAAACAAGAGGCAAAACCUGUUAUAUGGAUAGCAAAAUCUUCAGCGGGCUCAAAAGGAGAAGGAAUCAUGAUAUCAAGUAAUCCUGAGGAGCUGAUACAGUUUGUAGAUACACAGACACAAGGAUUCAUCGUCCAGAGAUAUAUAGAAAAACCUUACCUGCUGAAAGGCGACAGAAAGUUUGAUAUCAGAUCCUGGGUCCUACUUGAUACCAACUAUAAUAUCUAUCUAUUUCGGGAGGGUGUACUAAGGACAGCUUCAGAAAGCUACAAAGCAGACGACCUUGAUGCAACCUUAGGACAUCUGACCAACCACUGUCUACAACUUGAGUUAUCACCAAACUUUGGGGCAUAUGAGGAAGGAAAUGAGAUGUUUUACGACCAAUUUAACAGAUAUUUGUGGAAAAAGUCUUCUGUAACCAUGGAAGCAGUGAUUAUACCACAGAUAAAAGAAAUAAUUAAAACCUGUCUGUCCAUAGUAAAAGAGCGUAUAUGUACAAGUUGUCUUGGAUACCAGAGUUUCCAGCUAUUUGGCUUUGACUUUAUGUUGGAUGAUGACUUGAAGAUCUGGUUACUGGAGAUCAAUGGAGCACCUGCUUGUGCACAGAAGCUGUUGCCGGACCUUGCCCGCAGUCUAGUGCAGACAGCUAUUGACCCAAUUUACCCACCAUCAGACCCUGGAGGAAGGGGAGAGAACUGGUUUAAUCGUAUCACAUAAAUAAUGGAAAGAAGGAUCAAUAAUGGUUCUUCUGUUUCACUGAACAUUCUAUGUGUGGUAAGGAAAUUUUCUGCAUGAAUAUAACGAAAAAUUGUCAUUGUUUGCAAAAUUAGUUUCAGGUGUUGUAGUGUCUUAGACCUCUACAGUGUUUUCCAAAUCAUUAUAGCAAGUAAAGUUUUGUAUUAUAUUAUUGUGUGAAAAUAUGUGUCUAUAGGUGGGCCAUAACAGCUCAAUCAGAUGAGUGCUUACCUACACAACUUCAGAUGCCCGUAGAGUGAGAGAUAUCAAGUUUGAUCAAAGAAUGACAUCGAUCUACUGUCAAGUUAAAAUGAACCAGAUGCAUUAAAAUUGUCUUUCGAUAGAUAUCAGUAUUCAAUGGCAUACCAGAAGUCCCCUCCAUUCCUCCCCCCCAGGUUACAUCAUAUGUAUUUGGAAAUAGUAGUGACAGUAGUCCACUGAAGAUGGGUACAUACUGGUAAUUGUUAUUUAAUAGACAAAUCUGAAUCUCGUUACUUAAUAAAGAUAUAUAUCAUCGUCAUUGUUGUGUAAAAUUGAAAAAAUCCUUUUUUACAUACUUAUGAAAUCUUUGCAGUUUUCAUUCAUUGGAUGAUUUUUCAAGCCUUAGAACA